UUUGCGGACAUGCAAAAACCCUACUGCCCCUUUGGCAGUGUUUAAAGCGUUCAGACUUCCAUCGCUCGUAUACUAUAUAAUCCACAUUUUCUCGACUGCUUCCUCUCAAAACCCUAAAACCCCCAAAAUAUCUGUAGCAGUAGUAGGGUUUUGCAACUUUUGCAGAUCCCGCUGUUUGUUCUCUAUCAAAAUUUAAAAGAUCCUAACUCCGGUUUCAACCUUUUUCCUCUAACUAUGGGAAAAUCAAGCAAGAAAUCAACCCCCAAAGUUGAAGCAGCUCCUGCUGUAGCUCCUCCUCAGUCUGGAAAGAAAGGCAAGAGAGAAGCUGAAGAAACUCCUGAAAAACAAGUGGCUGCAAAAAAGCAGCAGAAAAACGAUGGAGUAGCACAGGCUAUUGUGAAGAAGAAGGUUGAAGCAAAGACUCCAAAAAAGAAGAAACACGAAACUAGUAGUUCUUCCGAUGACUCUUCUGACUCCGAGGAUGAACCUGCACCCCUGAAGAAACAGCCAACUAUUGCCAAGAAUGGCUCUGUACCUGCAAAGAAAGCAAAACAAGCUAGCAGUUCAGAUUCUGAGUCUAGUAGUGAGGAAGAUUCAUCCUCCAAUGAAGAAGCUCCUGCUCAGAAUAAAAAACGUGUAGUUGCUAAAAAUGGCUCUGUUCCAGCUGCUAAGGCAGUGAAAGCUGAUAGCAGUUCAGAUUCUUCUUCUGAUGAUGAUUCCGAUGAGGAUGAUGAGCCUGCUGCAAAAACAAAGGUAGCAGCUGUUAAAAAUGGAUCUGCAUCUGUUAAGAAAGGCAAGUCCUCUAGCAGCUCAGAUUCUUCAGAUGAAGAUGAAGAAAAAUCAAAGCCUGCCUCUAAGAAAGGACCUACUGCCCUUCCUAAAAAGGGGUUGAGUGAUAGUUCUGAAAGUGAUAGCUCUUCGGAUGAAGAGGAUGAACCUCCUCAAAAGGCUACAUUGCCAACUUCUGCUUUAAAGAAUGUACCUUCAGUGACUGCAAAGAGUAAAACUGAAUCAAGCGAUAGCAGCUCUGAGGAGGAUUCUGAUGAAGAGGAUGUAAAAAAAGCAACUGUUGUGAAGAAAGCUUCUGCUCCUACGCCCAAGAAAAUUGAGGAUUCCAGUAGUAGCUCCUCUGAUGAUAGUGAUUCUGAGGAAGAAGAGGCUCCUUCAAACAAAGUUCCUGUUGCUUCAAAGAGGCCACUACCCACAGCUGAGACAAAACCAUCAAAACAGGAAAGUGAUGAUAGCUCUGAUGAAAGUGAGGAUGAGCAACCUGCUGCCAAAAAGUCCAAGGUUGCUUCAGAUGGUGGAAAAGAUGCUAAAGUUAAAAAAGUAAGCAGUAGUGAAGAGGAAUCUGAAGAAUCAUCUGAUGAUGAUGAGGAAAGUGAUGAAGAAGAAACUCCAAAGAAAAAAGACACAGAUGUAGAAAUGGUGGAUUCAACAACACCACAGAAAAUUGCCAAGCAACAGGAUUUGAAGUCUGGGAAGAAAGCUCCCCAAACUCCUGCAACUCCUCAAGUUCAAUCUACAGGAUCAAAGACACUGUUUGUUGGAAACUUAUCUUAUCAAAUUGAAGAAGCUGAUGUAAAGAAUUUCUUUAAAGAUGUUGGUGAGGUUGUGGAUGUACGCUUUUCCACUGAUGCUGAAGGGAACUUUAAGGGCUUUGGACAUGUUGAAUUUGCUACUGCAGAGGCUGCACAGAAGGCUCUAGAAUUGAAUGGUGAGUAUUUGAUGAAUCGUGCUGUUAGACUUGAUUUGGCCCGUGAAAGGGGUGCAUUUACACCACACAGCAGCAAUGGGAACAAUUCGUUCCAGAAAGGUGGAAGAGGUCAGGUUCGGACAAUAUUUGUCAAAGGAUUUGAUCAAUCUCUUGAUCAGGAUGAGAUUAAGAGUUCCUUGGAAGAGCACUUUGGUUCUUGUGGAGAGAUUUCUCGGGUGGCAAUACCAGUAGAUCGGGAGACUGGUGCUGUGAAAGGUUUUGCUUAUUUGGAUUUCAAGGAUGGUGAUAGUUUGAACAAAGCUCUAGAACUCAAUGGAUCAGAACUCAAUAAUUAUUCCCUGUCUGUGGAUGAGGCAAAACCAAGAGGUGAAUUCCGUGAUGGUCCUGGCAGUGGAAGAGGUGGUGGGAGGAGUGGUGGAAGGAGUGGAGGAAGGGAUGGUAGUGGCCGUGGUGGAUGGAGUGGGGGAAGGGAUGGUGGUGGUCGUGGAGGUAGGCGUGGGGGUGGUCGAUUUGGUGGUGCUGGCAGAGGACGUGGGACACCUAAUAAGCCAAAUCUCGCCGUUGCUGGCACAGGAAAGAAGACUACUUUUAAUGAUGAGGAUUAAUCAAUUGUGGGAUCGAAUAGUCUCCUUUCGCCCCCUGCCAUCUGGUCCCUGCUUAUGUUUAAGCAGAAAAUGUUGUUGGUAGAUUAUAAUUUUGGCUAUCCACUUUCGUUUUGUUAUUAUCUUAAUUUUGUCGAAGAUUUUGAAAUGUUAUAGUACUUUGAUAUCCUGUUUUAUUGUUUGUUAAUUUAUCAGAAUUUGCCAUGUUUUUCAAAAA